GUGGCCGCGCUCUCCGGACUCGCUCGGCCUCGGGAGCUGCGGCAGCUGGCGGUGGCUGCUUUCCAGAGCAUCAACUGCUACACCGCCGAGGAGCUGCAAGGGCGCUAUAGGGAGUUCCUGGCCUACCUGGACGACGCCCAGGUGACCUGGAUCCGAUGUCGAUACCCGCGGCAGAUCGCCAGACAGGGCUCUCCCCUGUGGCGCUGCCAGGCGGUGCUUGCCGCCGAGGGUGAAGUUGCGGACCUUGGUCCAGCAGUUGGACCUUUGGCGGCCUCUGACGACGACGCGGUCUUCAUCGACUGGAUGGGCCUGCCCCAGCACGACGGCCAGGGCUCAGGUCUGCAGCGCAUGGGUCGCGAGGGGCAAUGGCCACAGCCUGGCAAGCAUCCAGCUGUCCGCACCGAGUCCGCAGAGGCGGCGUUCCAGAAG